GUCAAGGGUUGCAAUGUGGGUCCACACUCGUGCCCGACAGUAAAUAAAGGGAAAAAAGAAGUCUAUCCUUUCGAGCGCCGCGCGGGGCGAGAAGCUCAACGCUAUGGCGAUGCGGCGCUCGAAGCUUAGCGCUAUGGCGAUGGCGGAGGCGGCAGACGACGGAUUUCAGUUCCUAUUAGAUCCAACCGGCAGCGGCAGUAAAUCAUUACUGGAUGGCGAAGCAAUUCAAACUUUGGUGUGCACAGCCACUGAAUCCAGCAUUGGUGAUGUGGGCGAUACAGAAGAGACAAUACAAGUAGAUGUCAACAGCACUUGCAAUGGAGUGGCCCUGUCCCUGGCAAACUCAGAACAUUCAACAAGCAAAGAUAACCCGCAAGCACCUGGCUGGACAAAGAGUGCAGAGCCGUGGAGGUUGUAGCAAUAGAUAAGGUGAUGCCAAAUACCAGACAUCGCUGGUGCAAGUGGCAUGGCCUGAAGAAGGCAAAAGAAUCUCAUGGCUCAAAUUGCACAAAGAGAAGCAAGUUUAGAACGGACUUCCACAAGAUAAUACACCACGUGCUGACAGCUGAUGUGUUUGAGACUGGAUGGAAUUGAUUGACAGAAACACAUGGUUUGCAAAAACACCCUUACCUUACUCAAAUCUACUCCGUGCAGAACCAUAUUUCAAGAACACAACCGCCACCGUGCAUCACAUGUAGUUGUUGUGCACGACGCAAUGUGUUUAGAAGACAGAAUUCAGUCGAACAAGUCGAAAGGUAAAGAAGUGAUUGUGUUGCAUGAACCACACAAUGGAUAUGGGCUGAUGUUGUAGGUAGUGCAGUUGGAAAUUUCAUUGGGUUAACUGCUACAGAGCGUAAAUGGAAGGUCGGUCGACCAACCAGCAGCAGGGACAAGCCUCCAUAUAUGAUGAUCGCUGUGCAAAGAGCCAAAAAUGUAAGUUGGUGCCACAUAUGGGUGUUGCUGGAGAAUUUGGUACAAGCAAGCAUCCACGCUUUUGCAGUAUAUGUCGUCAGCCAGGGCACAAGAGCACCACGUAUCCAUAGAGCGGUGACCUCCCUCAAAUGGCAUGAAAAGAAGCAAAAUGCUCGAACUGCGGAGUGGGAGGGAUCGGAAGAACACCUGCAACAACCCUAAGGUUGUGCUACAUGUUGCCGAGAAAGGUGCCCUUGUACGGGCUGUAGCUCCGUGAUUGAACUGAAUAAGCAGUGCGUAGCACUGACAUUUGGCUGUUUUUCCUUGUAUGAUGAGGCUUAGUAGCCAUUGGUGUGAAAUGGAUUAUGCAUUGUCGGGUUAGUAAUUGUGAUGAUGUUUCUCUUCGAUUAGUCUCAACCUCUGACUUAUGUGGCGAUGUGUUGUUUAAAUCUAACUUUCCUGAAUUACUAGCUGAGU